GGAUUUUUGGAGAAUUACACUCUAUCUCUAGAAAGAACGAACUUCUCUCACUAAAACAAUCUCUCGACCCUGUUCUUUCUUCCAUUUUGUCUCAAAGCCCCUACUUAACCAAGCCAUUCGUUCUUCUCGACCCAUUCUCGUGAACUUCACUCCUACACUCAGUUAGGUUCAAACAAUUGGCGCCCACCGUGGGGCCGAGAAGAAAAAUGGCAGAACAAGACUCCAACAUACCCGGCGAGGUAACCCCCAUCAAGGCGAUGACGGCCCCUAGGGUGUUCGCGGAAGCCAGCAACCGCGAUGCGGUACUCAUUGAGGAAGAGGAGCCCGAACUUACGGCCAAGGAGAUGAGGCAGUUGGUGACAAAGCAAAACGGCGUCAUCGCCGACAUGCAAAAACAGAUGAGUCAAGUUAUCGCGCUCAUGAUGAGCAGAGAAGCAGCGGCAGCACCAAAUGCGGCGCCAGCCGUGUUGCAGCUAACGCAAGGAGGGGCAUCAGGCGAUGCCCCGCUACCACAUCAGACAGCGGUCGAAUUGCCCGCACCUGAAGCCCAGCGACGCGAACCGCCCGGAAGAGCGGACCUCAGCUUUUUGGAGCAACACCUGUCCCCACAGUUCCGCCCCAACCCGCCUAGAAAAGCCCUUCAUCAGCCGUUGUGCGCGGAGAUUAUGGCGGAACACUUGAGUGGGACGCCACCCACCCUCCCGACUUACAACGGAACGACCGAUCCAGAGGAUCACGUCAGCACCUUCUGUCUGCGGAUGCAGCUCCAGACCAACUCCAACGCGGCGCUGUGCCGGACCUUCCCGUCAACAUUUUCGGGGAUAUGCCUCGAUUGGUAUAACCGCCUCCCCAACAGAAUCAUCCGCUCGUUCGAAGAGUUCAUACUCUUGUUCACAACGAAGUUCGCGUCACAAAAAAGAAGGCCCCUCCACCUUAAGGCGCUGAUAGACAUCCGCCAAAAGGACGGAGAAAGCUUGCGGGCGUUCUACGCCAGGUGGUCCAGGGUGGCAAUGGCCAUAAGAGAUCUCACCCCAGAAACCGCCACCCAUCACCUCAUGGACGCCACCACUAGCAUGGAGCUCAAAAGAGCGCUAGCAAAGAGGCCGAUCACGCUAUCUACGGAGCUAGAGGUCAAGAUCGAGAAAACCAUUACUUUGGAAGAGACGCUGGGCGCGGGUUCCGUCAGGCGCUUUGAACCCGCCAAAAUGCCCAAAGAAGAUCAAGCUCGUAAGCAGCUCCCUGUGCCGCGAGACCAACUGUUGCAAGCACACAGCGGUGCCAGACGCCCUCCACCUCCGCCGGAACAAGUCCAUCGGGGCGGUCGCCAGAUAGGCGCCCACCAAACUACACACCCCUCAACGACACUGUGAAGAACGUAUACCACGUUCUGCGCGAGAAAGGUUACAAAAUCAACUGGCCCGCGCCUA